AUGGACCAGGUUUUCCAUGAUGAAGAUCUAGUUACUCCAACCCCUGCGUGCAAAAAGCCCCGCUUGGCUGACCAAAUCCAAGCUGGACUGAACACCCCUACGCGCCCAGUCCCGAAGCAGUCAGUGAAGAAGCCAAAGCAAGGUCGACUGGACGCCGAUGCCAAACGCCUGCCAACAUUCGGCGUGUAUGACCUUCAGGCCUUGGGGGUACCGCAGGAAGCUUGGCCCAUCGAGGGCAAGGAAUACAAAGGCCAGAAGGGGUACACUGUCGUGAGCGACAGCGGGGCUGCUAUAGAGGUUUUGCUCUCUCAAUCCGCCUUUGUGGUGAAGCGCUUUGGAACGAUUGGCAAGAAGGAAGCACGAUUGGACACUUUGAAGACAGGCCAAGUGUCUUGGAGCAAGUUCGGCGGCCCGGGGCCCGCUUGGGAACAAGCGAAGGCCAAGGCCAAUUUCUAG